GCAGCUUUCUUUAAUGCACUUAGUUUAGCUGAUGUGAUUGCUGGGAUACCAGCGUUUCUCGUCAUUUACACUGUACUUCCAAGUGCAAUAUAUACAGCACGACACAGAAGCAGUAAAGGAAAUUGGUAUAUUCCACCAGAACCUACUGAUGAGUCACCAUCGAUGCAGGCCAAAUUGCUUUUGUUAAAUAGCUUGGCCGUAUUAUUUACAAUCAAGUAUUUGGCACAAUACAUUUUUGGUCAUCCAGCACCAGAAAUUUUUGUCACAGGAGCCUUGUUAACUGUUCUU